GAAAGCAGUGGGCGGGGUUAGCAGGGAAUGGCUCAUUGCCUAGAAGGUGAGUGGCGGAGCCAAUGCUGGCAGUAGGGGGACAGAAAGCAGGCUGCUAGCGGCCAGGACUGAAUUAAAGGAGACAAUGAAGAUAUCUCAUUGGCUGUAAUAUUCGGGAACCAUGGCAGGGCUGUGUCUGCUGCUGCUGAUGUGCCUUCUGAGCUCUUCAGUUCUGGCUGCGCUGAGGAGUCCGGAGAAUGUCCAGAUCCAUUCUGCUAAUUUCCAGCACAUACUGACAUGGGAGGACAACAACAAUAACUCUCUCGUCUCCUACAGGGUGCAAUAUACACUGUGGCGGCGCAGAAAUUGGUCUGAUGUCUCCACUUGCGCCAAUAUCACUGAGCAGCGCUGUGACCUGACGGAUUAUUUUACAGAUAUAAGUGCAGAUUACAUAGCGCGAGUCGUCAGUUUUACUCAUAAUGAGAUUUCCAGUGCAACAACCUCGGCAAAAUUCAGUCCCUUAUACAGUACCGACCUGGGUCCCCCGCUGGUUAAUAUAUCUGCCCAAGGCUGCAACGUGACCGUUCAUAUCCGGGCUCCGAUAUCCUACUUUAAGGGAGCCCCUUCCAUGCUGCAUGAUCGUGUCUACCCAUUAGUAACUUACAGUAUUAAGCGUUGGCAAGGCAACCAGAAACUCAUAGAUUUUGAGAAUGUGACCUAUAAAGAAGAACUGCCUUAUGUGGAAAGCAAUUUGCCCCCGAACACGAAUUUCUGCGUAUCCGUAAACGUAUCGGCUUCUGUGAAUACCCGUGGCAAGAUUAUCCCUUCUGCCUUGAAAUGUGUCGUCACUGAGGAAACUCAUGAUUUCCAGCCUCCAUAUGUUAUUGCUGUUGUCGUUGCCAUCCUAAUACUGAUUGGAUUAGUGUGUGUACUGUUUGCACUCGACAGAGCCGGGUACAUUUGCAUGAGUUGGGGGUUUUUCCCCAGAGUUUUGAAAUCCUUUCCAGCAUCGGUGAGCAUGGAUAGAAAUACGGAGAAAUACGACAGCUCUGCACAGAUUGCGCCCAUAGAAAUACUCAGUAAUACUGAGCAGGAGGAGCGCAGUGAUAGUGAUAGGGGAAUGUGCGGGCAAGGAUACGCCAAAAGGAAUAUGGUUCUGGACAGUGCUCAGAAUGACUCCAGCGAAGGGGAGAGCUCGGCUGUUUCCUCCUCUGUUGAAUCCAGUGGGCAAGACUGUAGUUCUGCUGAGAAGGGAAUUCCAAAGGAACCGCUGUUGGAUCUCUGUGAGAGCGUUGCCUCUGGUUCAGAACUGCCCCAGGCGACUGAUACCCCCUCCCCAAGCCCCAUGCUGUUAAACAGUGCCGGGGUCUUCUUCAACAUCAAUUUGAACUCUGUGUCUGUGGGAAAUCCAGAAGUUCUGGGGACAGACUGCAAAAACCAGACGCCCCCCAUAGAGGAACAAGUAGAUAAAGCGGCCGGGGAUGCACCCGAUGUCCCUCAGGGUCCCCAUGAUCUCAGGCUCAAUACUAAUAUACUAAACCUGGGUGCUUGCAGGGUGCCAGUUUCGGGGGAGGGCAGUUCGGAGGAAGCGGGUACCUCAGAUGAGAGUGAUGCAGAUUCUGGGGCAGAGGAGACAGAGAGACUCUUUGCUUCAGAUUAUAUGAGUCGAUGAGCUCUGCUGGAGUUCGGAGAGCGGGUUAUUACUGAUCCUGUGGGGAUCAACCACACGGAUUGUUAUUCUGCCCGGUCCCUUCCUUUUGUGUUUGUCCCAAAUAUGAACUGCGCAGUCAUGGGAUUGCAAGUGCCUGGGGGCCUGGGCAGUGUAUUAUUUCAGUAUUAUUUGAACCGAUUUUAAAACUGGGUCACCGGCCUUCCAGCUGGCAGUGCCCGCAGGUAUCGGGGGCAUGAGCAGCAUUGAACUCUAUAGGGGAUGUCUGAAAGUCUGACUGGGCUCAUGGGAUACCCGGAAGGCAGGGAUUAGGUGCCACCCUAGCUUGCAGGAGUCACGUCUUGUGCCGCCAAUCACAGUGGAAACUCCCACCCCCUCAGCUCCACCUCUGGAUUCGGCCAGGAAGCAUCUGUUGGCGGCUGGGGGAGGGUUUUUAUUAAAAAAAAAAAAAAAAAAUAGAGAUUAAAUAGGCUCCCUAGGGCCACCCUAUGUACAAGCCCUCAGGUGCCUGUAUGUGUCCUUUAUAUAUAAGAGGAAUUACAGCAAAAAAAAACAUUUUUUUUUUAUUUAUUUAAUUUUUUUUUUCAUUUGUUGUCAGGAAAUCGGAUCAUAGCACUUAAGAAAAGGGCAU